CUGCCUGUGAGGGUUAUAGAAUGCCUCGUUGAAGACCCGGCGACCAAGCAAUACAGACCGCGCAACUAUCUGAGGUCUCUCGAGGAGCGCGUCGCCCUCCUCGAGAACGCGGAGCACACUCAACCUCCGGACACUCCCAAUCGCCAUAUCCCCAGCCCCGCAAGAGCUGCUUUGCCAGCCAGCCAGAGCCCUGUGGCAUGGUCAAUAACGUCCCCUUUCCCUGACAGGGACGGCAAAAAGAGCGACUUGCCGGCACGGGUUGGCCUUCUCGAUAUCAAAACGAGCCAGGUAGAGCCGCAGUACUUGGGCUCUUCAUCGGCCUUCUCCUUUUCACACAUCAUCAACUCUUCUCUGCUGGGCGCGAUUCCCGACACAGCGUUAGCAGAAGACGGGACGUCGAACAGGCUUGAGCCUCCGCCCUCGCCGUGCCCCCUGCCAGGGCACUCCGUGGCCCUCAAGUUAAGCAAGGCCUACUUUGAGAACAUUCAUCCACAAUAUCCCUUCCUUCACGAGCCGACGUUCAGACGCUAUGAAGCAACGCUACUGGCAUCUCCCGAAGCGGGGAGCGAUGUCCGGUCGGAGUAUGGCGGCCCGCUCUUUAUUUUGAAUAUGGUAUACGCUACAGGUGCUCUUCUGAUGCCGAAUAGCCAAGCUUUGGCAGAGCGAUUAUACGCUUCGGCGCUGCUGUACUCGGACGUCCUGUCGCGCAACAAUCUGGAGGCAAUACAAGGGCUCCUAUGUCAUGCCAUGUACUCUCUUCGUUCCCGGUCAGGUCCAUCUCUAUGGAAACUGUCCGGCAUAGCAUUGCGCCAGUGUAUCGAGCUGGGCUACCACCGCAAGGCUGGUCGACACGGCAAAGAUCAGAACAUGCUCCAGCUCGAAAUGCGAAAGCGAGCCUUUUGGUGCGCCCAGUGGAUAGAUUGUGCAUGCGCGUUGCGACUAGGGCGGCCGCUGGGCAUCCAACUCUUCGACGUAGAUGCCGAGCUUCCCCUGGACAUUAAUGACGAGUUCAUCACGGACACAGGUCUAGGCGGCACCCCCCGGAACCUACCAGGAGAAGCGCCUACGUCCAUGUCUAACGCGAUCCACGUCAUUCGCCUCCGACGCAUAUGGGCCCGCUUGCACGGCACUGUCCACUCGGCGAAUACGCCGGGUGGCAUGGACAGCGAGAGCAGGCGUUCCCAUAUCGCCGAGCUGCGUGGCGACCUGGACGAGUGGCUGCGUUCAGCACCCCCGUGUCCGCCACGUGCCGGUGCUGCUCUGUCCAUCUUUUCAACAAGAGAGUGGUACGAACUCAACUACAGCGGUACCAUACUACACCUCUACCGUGGACAGCUGGCGGAGGACAAAGGCACCCCGGACAACAUCAUCAUGGACUGCAUGCAGGCUGCCGGUAACGUGUGCCGCAUGUACCGUCGCCAGUACAUUGGCACGUCGGUGAAAUACACUUGGGCCACCCUACACUGCCUGUUCCUGGCUGGAUUGACAUAUCUACACUGCCUCUGGACAUCACAAGCCGUCCGCACGGUGGAGCCGCAUGAAGAAGUGAUCAAGACUUCUACCGACUGUACUAUGGUCCUGGUGGUGAUAGCGGAGGGUUGGGCGGGUGCGGCUCCGUAUCGGGACAUAUUCGAAGCGCUGGCGAACCGAACCAUGUCCAUGUUACUUCAUGGGAAGUCCGCUGCCCAGGCAAGUUCACAGACGGGCCAAGAUGGUUCAGAUAACCCGCAGCGAGACGCCUGGGCUUGGAUGGCAGAUUUCGAUCAUACGGGCGUGUUGGAUGGGUUCGACGACCUGCUCUCGGGGUUUAUGGAGGACCUUGCUCCCUUGUACGACCACCAUACGUAG